AUGCCGUGCACCUGCGGAGCGCUCCCGCCGCGGUGGCUCCUACUGGGCCCGGCUCUGCUCUCCCCCUCCGGGCACGGCCCGGCACAGCAGCCGCCGCUGCCCCUCCCUGCUCCCGGGAAGUCAUCCCGCACUUCGUCCCGCGGAGAUGAUGAGGAUGAAGAUGAGCCCCAGGAGCAGGGGCUGGCGCAGCAGCCUCGCUCCUCAUUUAUUCUAAUUGCGCUGGUUGUGAAAGCUCUCCAGUUCUCAAGUGUUUAUCUCCUAAAUUAUCUUUCCUUUGAUUGCUUUGGCUUAACUCAUGAGUCUCACAGGAAGGAUGUUGAACAGGUCUACCUCCGCUGUUCUGAAGGGUCAAUAGAGUGGAUGUAUCCCACAGGAGCACUCAUAGUCAACCUACGACCCAAUACUGCACCUGCCUCUUACAAACAUUUGACUGUUUGCAUAAAGCCCUUCAAGGACUCUGCAGGAGCAAAUAUUUAUUUGGAAAAAACUGGAGAACUGAAACUCUUGGUCCGAGAUGGAGAUCGCAGCCCCAGUAAAGUCUAUUGCUUCGGCUAUGAUCAGGGGGGCCUGUUUAUUGAGGCCACUCCUCAGCAGGACAUUAGCAGGAAGAUUACAGGCUUCCAGUACGAACUGAUGAACAAGAGGAUAGCAUCUGAUUUGCACACAGUUUCUGGUGAGUUCUGGGAUAUUGGUCAUAUUUUCACGUACUGUAUUGGAUGCAUAACAGAUGGCAGAAUGUGGGGUGAAUCUCAGGAGCUGAGUUUACCCUACAGUGAACUCCAGCAUGAACUGGGCUUCUGA